CACGUCAAGGCAACUGAUAGCAUCCACUAUCAUCGCGAACCGAGUCGCCUGUACUUACGGCAUACCAUCCAAAGUCUAAAACCACCAAGGCCCUUCCACAAACAACCAACCCCACGACGUAAUCACACAGCCGCCAACAUGACUUCUACAAUUGGUAUCCCUAUCAAGCUUCUCAACGAGGCUCAGGGUCAUAUCGUCACUCUCGAGAUCACCUCCGGCCAGACCUACCGUGGCAAGCUUAUUGAAGCCGAGGACAACAUGAACGUCCAGCUCAAGGACAUCACCGUCACAGCCCGCGACGGGCGCGUCAGCCAUCUCGAACAAGUCUACAUCCGCGGCAGUCAUGUGCGAUUCUUCAUUGUGCCGGAUAUGUUGAGGAACGCCCCCAUGUUCCGCUCCCGCAACGUCCGCGGCCGCGGUGUCGGUCUCGCCCGCGGUCGUGCGACAGUCAGUAGGGCGCGCGCCGGUGGUCGUGGCGGCGCCAGAUAAGGAGACGACGACGCCGCCCGUCGUCAAACUCAUCAAAAACCAGACCCAGACCGAGAAACAUUAAAAUCACAACACAAAUGCAAUGUUGGGGCACAAUAAUCGGCGUAUUAUGGUUCUUUUUUUUUUUUUUUUUU